CAAGAUUUGAGGAAAGGCUGAAUCAUUAGGUUGGAUCGAGAUUUAGUUUAGAACGCCAUACGAUUUAACACUGUUUAACACUAACUGCGAGAUGGAAAUAUAAGGGCGAUUUGCUUGUUUAUAAUUCUUUUGCAUCCUAUAUAACAAAUCACUCGUUACAUAAUUGACUCUUGAAAAAGAGAUAGGAAGUCAAAAAAUGGGAGACAUAAAAUCUUUCUUCCACCAGUGGUGUGCGAAGAAUGGUAAAGAACCACAAUUUGAUGUUAGACAAACAGGUCCGAAGCACAGGCAACGCUUCCUCUGCGAAUUGCGAGUACCCGGGUUCGACUAUGUCGGUGCGGGAAACUCGACCAACAAGAAAGAUGCGCAGGGAAACGCCGCCAAAGAUUACGUCAAUUACUUAGUACGUACGGACCGUGUAAAUUCGAACGACGUGCCGAGGGACAACGCAACGCUGCCGGGCACGAUGACGCCGGAUCACGGUUUCAAACCGGAAAUCUCGACGCCGGUGAAAUCGGUGUUCCAAGGUGGCAUGGGCCCGAAUGACAUCGGUCAGGCAUACAGGCCUUACAACGAGCACGGCCAGAAUAAUUAUACGUACAUGGAUAGAUUGGCCGAUCAAAAGAGAGUGGAAGAUGCUGAGGACGUUGAUGUAAACUCCGGAAUACACGGAAAUUGGACGAUAGAAAACGCCAAAUCCAAGCUCCAUCAGUUCAUGCAAACUAACAAAAUAAAUGCCGAUUACAAGUAUACCCCGGUCGGUCCUGAUCAUACGAGGAGUUUUAUGGCAGAGAUGUCAAUUUAUGUAAAACAACUUGGACGAAGUAUAACUGGUCGUGAAACUGGAUCAAAUAAACAAACAGCAUCUAAAAGCUGUGCUUUGUCUAUUGUUCGUCAACUGUAUCAUUUAGGUGUUAUUGAACCAUUUAGUGGUACAUUAAAAAAGAAUAAAGAUGCUGAACAGAUGAAACCCUACCCUGUCAAAAUUUCACCAGAACUGGAAAGUCAGAUCCAGGAUAUCCUAAUGAAUUUGGAUAUAAAACCAAUCGAUGUUAAAGAGCCACCUAUAGUAAAAGAAGAAAAUAACGCAUCAAUUAACGGUGUGUCUUUACUGACGAAUCAAGUUCUGGACGACUUUAUAUCUUCUGUACCGCAACCAGCCGGUGUCGUAAGCUGGUCGCCACCUCAGCCAAAUUGGAAUCCAUGGACCGGAUGCAAUAUUGACGAGGGGCCGUUGGCUUCAACAUCUCUGGAUCAACUGUCGGAAGAUCUGAUGAACGAGCAGCGCGACAAGUUACAACAAGAUCCCAGUUUGCAGGCGAGCAUCAAGGAAAGAUCCAAUCUGCCCGUGUUCGCCAAGAAAAACGAGAUUAUGAAUGCCAUUAACGAAAAUCCGAUCAUCAUUAUACGCGGUAAUACGGGAUGCGGUAAGACCACGCAAGUUUGUCAAUUCAUUCUGGACGAUUACAUCGCGUCCGGCCAGGGUGCUUAUUGCAGCAUAGUUGUCACUCAACCGAGAAGAAUCUCGGCCGUAUCCGUGGCCGAUCGAGUUGCCAUCGAGAGAUGCGAGACCCUGGGACAAUCGAUCGGAUAUUCCGUAAGAUUCGAAUCGUGUUUGCCGAGACCUUACGCCAGUGUGAUGUUUUGCACCGUCGGCGUACUCUUGAGGAAACUCGAGGGCGGUCUCAGAGGCGUGUCGCACGUUAUCGUCGACGAGAUCCAUGAACGAGAUGUCAACUCGGAUUUCAUCAUGGUCGUGCUCAGAGACAUGAUCCAUCUCUAUCCCGAUCUCCGGAUCAUUCUUAUGUCAGCUACGAUCGACACAACGCUGUUCAGCGAGUACUUCAACAAUUGUCCCGUGGUGGAAGUUCCUGGCAGAGCGUAUCCCGUGCAGCAAUACUUCUUGGAGGAUUGUAUACAACUGACACAUUUUGUUCCGCCGACAGCUUCCGGGAAACGUAAAUCUAGGGACUCGGACGACUUACCGACGGCGGAUGGAGAGCCGGAGGAAAAUCUGAAUAAGGUUAUCGGUAAUGACUAUUCUGUCGAAACGAAGAACGCUAUGGCGCAGUUGACGGAGAAGGAGAUAAGUUUUGAGCUAAUAGAAGCGAUACUUACGUAUAUCAAGGGACAGAACAUCCCAGGUGCUGUAUUGAUUUUUCUACCUGGUUGGAACUUGAUAUUCGCAUUGAUGAAACACUUCCAGCAACAUCUCGUCUUUGGCGGAUCGUCCUAUCUCAUUAUCCCGCUACAUUCGCAAUUACCGAGAGAAGAUCAGCGCAAGGUCUUUGAUCCCGUACCACUUUCCGUGACGAAGAUCAUCUUAUCUACGAACAUUGCCGAAACUUCGAUUACAAUCAACGACGUCGUUUACGUCAUAGACUCUUGCAAGGCCAAAAUGAAGUUGUUCACGUCUCACAAUAAUAUGACCAAUUAUGCGACCGUUUGGGCCAGUAAAACGAAUCUGGAACAACGCAAGGGUAGAGCGGGUCGCGUUAAGCCCGGCUUCUGUUUCCACUUGUGCUCAAGAGCCCGAUUUAAUAAGAUGGACGAGCACAUGACACCGGAAAUGUUCAGGACGCCUCUGCACGAGCUGGCAUUGAGCAUCAAACUGUUGAGAUUAGGCAAUAUUGGCCAAUUCCUGUCGAAGGCAAUCGAGCCGCCUCCUAUCGAUGCCGUGAUCGAAGCGGAAGUCGUAUUAAGAGAAAUGAAAUGCUUGGACAAGAACGACGAAUUAACGCCUCUCGGCAAGAUACUGGCCCGUUUACCGAUAGAACCGCGACUAGGAAAAAUGAUGAUUCUGGGCUGUAUGUUUCGCGUGGGUGACGCGCUCUCGACGAUGGCCGCGAACAGCACCACCUUCCCGGAGGUGUACAACAUGGGUCCGGACAUGAGAAGACUGACCGCUCAGCAAAAGUGGUUCGCCGGUGCACGAUACAGCGACCACGUCGCUAUGUUUCACGCUUUUCAAGCCUGGGAAGAGGCGAGAACCAACGGUGAAUGGGCGGAACAGGCCUUUUGCGAGUCGAAGAACUUGAGUAUGCCAACUUUACGAAUAACAUGGGAGGCUAAGAAUCAACUACAAGCGCUGCUGCAAAGCGCCGGCUUUCCCGAGGAGACUCUGUGCCCGACCCCGUUGAACUAUCAAGCUGUCUCGGACCCGCGUCUCGAUACUAUCACCGCGCUGUUAUGCAUGGGCCUUUACCCAAAUGUGUGCUUCCACAAGGAGAAGCGGAAAGUUCUUACCACGGAAUCGAAAGCUGCGCUGAUUCACAAGACAUCGGUGAACUGCAGCAACUUUGAGCAAAACUUUCCGUUCCCGUUCUUCGUAUUCGGCGAGAAAAUUCGUACAAGAGCUGUGUCUUGCAAGCAAAUGUCCAUGGUAUCGCCCAUCCAUCUGUUGCUGUUCGGAUCCCGGAAAGUGGAAUACGUGGACGGCGUGAUUAGGCUAGACAAUUGGAUCAAUUUGGACAUGAAUCCGCAACAUGCAGCGGCCAUAGUCGCUCUACGGCCCGCAUUGGAGAGUCUCGUGGUCAGAGCAUCUAAAGAUCCGGAAACAAUUUUGGAAUUGAGCCCCACCGAAGAGAAGGUGCUGAGCGUGAUUAAGUCAUUAUGCAGCAUGAACGCUUGUCGUCACGAAUUGGAACAGAUUACCGGGGGCAGUUUUCAAUCGCGUCGUCCACCAAGGGAACAUAUGACCGGUUUUCACUCCAAUCACUCCUGUACUCCUUCGAAAAUAAUGCGCGGAAACGGUGGUUACCGCGGAGCAUCAUUCACGAACAGCGAUGGUUAUGGUAGGAGUGGUGGUGAUGGUUUCGGGAGUAACAACAGCGGUUAUGGAGGAUACAACAGAGGAGGCUACAACAAUAGAGGAUACGUUCCACGUGGUCGCAGAGGAAAUUGGAGCGGCCGCGGCAUCGGCGGCGGAGGAGGAUUUCGUGGCCGCUAUUAAUUAAUAUUUUACGGCAUUGAUAUUAUUACAGUAUAUUGAUCGUUAUCACUAUCUAUUAUGCUAUAGUGUUAUAUGUAUUUAUAGACUAUACAGGGUGUAUCCAGGGUAUAAAUCGUAGUAGACACAGAAUGUGAUUUCUCGUACAAAUGUUAAUCGAAAAUGUAGAAUAAAGUUUUUUCAUAUAAGACCGUCUUCAAGAAAAUUAUUUUCAAAAUUCCUCGUAUGGAAAAAUUUCAUUACGCAUUUUCGAUUUUACAUUUGCACGAGGAAUCAUAUCCGCAUAUUUCGUUUGUAUCAUGAUUCUUACACGAUAUAUCCUGUAUAUAUAUAUUAAGGUUACAUGAGUAAAGCUAGCGUAAACGUAAUACUUAUGUCGGAUGUAAUCUUGAUAUUAUAUCAAUGAUAUUUGUAUGUGGUCUAAAACACACACUUUUUUUUAUCAAUCAACUUUUUGAUGUAUUGUAUCAUGUACAUCGCGAUUAUAAAUAAAUGUACGAUAUGCUCGUCUCUCGCAUAUAAAA